GCCACUGUGUCACUUUCAUAAAGACCAACGUCGCAGCCACGUUCUCCUUCUACGAGAGUCUCUUGAGCAAAUUGCGAAAGGCAGUGGCAAAGGAACCGCGGCUUUUGAGAUCCAUUAGUCUAAAGGAAGAAGAGGAGGUUAGGAAACCAGACAGCUUGUGGUUGAAAAGGCCUGUCUUCCACAAGUGGACGAGCUACUGGCUGUUGGAAACUUUUUGUCCGACGGUUGAUGCAUCAAUCCGCGCAAUCUGUAGCGUUGUCGGAUGGCGCCAACUACGCGCAAAGUCGAUGAAUCUGGACGUCUGAUCACAGUCUUGGUUACAGGUUUUGGUCCUUUCCAAGAUCGGUACCCUGUAAACCCUUCGUUCGAGAUCGCGAAGUCACUGCCACAGCUAUUGCCAAGAAGUGCAGCUGAUUGCGAGGCGGUCCAAGUGAUCACACAUGGCUCGCCGAUCCGGGUAGCGUACCGGGAAGCACAUAAGCUUGUUCCGAUGCUGCUGGAUGCGCACAGCGAAGCGGUCGAUCUUGUGCUGCACAUCGGAAUGGCCUCUGGCCGAAAGUACUACGCGGCUGAACGAUACGGCCACCGAGACGACUAUUCGAAGCACAAAGAUCUGGACGGUGCGAUACCGCCAAACGACGAGGUUGAGCGUUGCUUCGGAGAUUGUCCGCCAAUGCUGGAGACUUCGCUGAACUUCGAGAGAGUUGUCCAGAAGUGGCAGUCAAUGGUAUCGCUGGCACCCGACACGUCACCCAUCCACGAUGCGGAUUGUCGGCCCAGUGACGAUGCUGGACACUAUCUCUGCGAUUAUACCUACUUCAAUUCGUUGGCCUGGUACGGCAGGCGCUGCGGGAGGCUUCAGAGGGGCAAGGCCACCGACCGGCCCGUUUUGUUUCUCCAUGUGCCCCCAGAGUCGGAUGAAGCAGCCUUGGAACGUGGCCGAGCUGUGGCAGUCUCACUCAUACGCGCAAUGGUGGAUGAUUAUGUCGGGGUUUAACUAUCUUAUGCAGAGUUUUGGCUCCAUGGACCGGGUUGUACUUGUGCGGGUUGCACAUAAGCGAUGACUCUUUGGGUCCAGAUGUCGAGUAAUCACCGGUCAUUGGAUAGUUGUACAUAUCACGUCAAAGGUACGGUAUCCUCUUCCUAUCAUGGUUGGUAUGGGGAAGUUUCGAGCCAUUGAACACAGCCUACGUGUAAACGUCACCAGCGACGCAUUAGACAGUAUUCGAUACACCUGCAGCACAAGCAUUGCCCGCUGCACCUCCGUCGCACGG